AUGGCUAGCUGUGCUCAUAUCGCAGAUAUAGCUCGACUACAGCCCCCCAGACUUUCCCAGUCCGUUCACCGAGAGGAAUGUACGCAGUGCUUUGACAAUCAGGAUCAUCCACUCGGCAUCGAUGUAUGCUUGGCUUGCUUCAAUGGCGGAUGCUUAGGCAGGGAACGCCAUCAUGCCCGCACACACGCGCAGAAGACGGGACAUCACUUCACGCUAAACGUCAAGCGUAAGCUGAAGCCUUCUGCGAGCCGUGCGGAUGAUGAGGAGCCUCCUGCGAAGAUGACGAAGCUCGCGAUCGUCGAAGAUCGCGACGAAGAUAAGUAUGAGCACAAGACUGCCUUGAAGUGCUGGAAGUGUGAUCCCGAGAACGGGUUGGAGAUCCAAAACGCGAUGCUGGAUCCUCACGUCAAGGGACUCAGCGAUGGUGUUAUGCAGUCGCUGUCCUCUGCCCGGCAGUCCGAGGUGAAGGCAUGGGAGGAGGAGAUUCUCCCCUGCGAGCAUACCCUGACCCUACAGCAGCUUUCUACAGGCCCUAUACCGGCUUCCGUGUCGUCUUAUGAAGGGCUGGCGCACUGCUCGAAAUGUGACCUCAAGGAGAAUUUGUGGCUUUGUCUUACAUGCGGCGCACUUGGCUGCGGAAGACAGCAAUACGGGGGUCUCGGUGGAAAUGGACAUGGUCUGCGGCAUUAUGAAGAGACACAUCACCCGAUCAGUGUCAAACUGGGCACGAUUACUCCGGAGGGCAAUGCCGAUAUAUACUGUUAUACAUGCAAUGAUGCCAAGCAAGACCCAGAACUUGCUGCCCAUCUCGCCGCUUUUGGUAUCAAUGUCCAAACGCAAACGAAAACGGAAAAGUCCAUGACCGAGCUGCAAAUCGAACACAAUCUUAAGUUCGAUUUCUCACUCACCGGGGAAGAUGGAAAAGCGUUGGAGCCAGUUUUCGGACCAGGCUUGACCGGCUUGUCGAACCUUGGAAACAGCUGCUAUAUGGCCUCGGUGAUACAGACCGUCUUCUCGUUGCCCGUUUUCCAAGAGCGGUAUUACCCGUCUGCUUCGGCACACUGGUACACAUGCACCGAGACGCUCCCUGCGGACUGCGUCGACUGCCAAAUGCACAAGCUCGCCGACGGUCUGCUUUCAGGACGGUACUCACACCCGCGGCCGACCAACUCAGGGAUGACCGACCCGAAGGCGAUAAAUCCACUCGCACACGAUUCUCCCACACCCGUGUUCCAGGAGGGUGUCCGGCCGAGCGGGUUUAAAGCGCUCAUUGGGAAAGGGCACGAGGAGUUCUCGACGAUGCGGCAGCAGGACUCUGAGGAGUUCUUUACGCAUCUCCUCACGGUGCUCCGGCGACACGCGAAGAAGGUGGGCAACGGGGGGAAAGAGCCGACGGAUAUAUUUGAGUUUGGAAUGGAGCAGCGCCUGGAGUGCGGGGAGUGCAAGCGAGUGAGGUACCGGGUGGACGGUAUGGAUGUGGUAAGCAUCGCGGUACCGGCCGUCGAGAAGGGGAAGGACGCCGAGGGGAAGACGCUUUAUGAGGAGGUCCGGUUGGGCGAUUGCCUGAGCACCCUGACUGGAGUGGAGGCGCUGGAGUACACAUGCCCUGGGUGUCAGAAGAACGUCAUCGCGACGAAACGAUCAAGGUUUGCAACGUUCCCGCAGGUGCUCGUACUGCACGCGAAAAAGUUCCAGCUUGUGAAUUGGGUGCCGUCGAAGCUAGAUAUUCCAUUGAACGUCUCGGACACAUUGCGGCUAGAUGAGUAUCUCGGGCGGGGUCUGCAAUCGGGGGAGACGGAGCUGCCCGAUGAUAAAGCAGCCGCCCCUGGUCUUCCACAAUUCAACGAGGCGGCUAUGGCUCAGCUGGAAGCUAUGGGGUUCCCCACCAUCCGGUGUCAGAAGGCCUUGCUUGCCACGGGGAAUAGCGACGCGGAGGCGGCGAUGGAAUGGCUAUUUGCUCAUAUGGAAGAUCCCGGCUAG